AUGGCAUCAAUUAGAAGAACAUUAUCUCCUGUCCCUCGGCCCGUCCCUUUAAUAAACGGAGAAGCUUGUCAUGUCUCCUCCCCUCUCUCCAAAUCCUCUUCAAAUAGUCAAAACUACCCUUCUCAUGGCACCCUUUUGUCUUCCUCGAUGUGCGCCUUGGACCAUGCAUUGUACAAAGCCCAAACCUUUGUCCUCGGAUUGUGCUCACAGCGAACCUCUCGGCCCUUGGAUCGCUCGAAGCUAAAGGGACAGAUUUGGCGGAGGGCCUUUCUACAUUUUUCGAUGUGCUUUCUUGUUGGUACCUUUCUUGGGCUUACCCCAUUUUUCCCGAUGAAUAUGUCAUCAAAUGUCGUCAUGCCUAAGCAUGGAGAUUUGUACUUCGAUUUGCCACAAGCUGCUGCAAAAAACGGGUUUUAUGGCGGACAGAAAGCGAGUUUAUCAGCAGGAAACAAGAUUUCUUCAGCAGAACAAGAAGAAGUGAAUUCAGAACGCAAUGAUGGAAAAUUCCGCCUUGGUGAUUUGAAUAAUUCAUCGGGCCGGGCUUCUGAUGUGACUUACAGUAAGCUUCUGAUAACUGUGACACCAACGCAUGCGGGUCCACUUCGGGCCUAUCACCUAAAUCGUCUUGCUCACACGCUAAAACUUGUCUCACAUCCUCUUCUGUGGAUUGUGGUUGAGAUGGAUGCACAGUCUGUGGAAGUAGCUGAGUUGUUGAGGGACAUUGGUGUCAUGUACCGACAUUUAAUAUGCGUUAGUAAGAACUCGACGGGGACAGUUGACACGAGUGUUCUUCUGAGGAAUGUGGCUCUCUCACACAUCGAGAAACAUCGUCUUGAUGGGAUUGUUUACUUUGCAGACGAGGAUAAGAUAUACUCAACUGAGAUUUUUGAGGAAAUGAGAAAAAUCAGUCGGUUUGGGACAUGGACUGUGGCCCAAUUGGAUGAAACCAAAGGCAGGAUUUUCUUGGAUGGUCCAGUUUGUAACAGGUCUCAAGUGAUAGGAUGGCACGUAGGUGGCAUGGCAAAAAGAUCUAGAAGAUUCCAUGCUGAGAUGACAGGUUUUGCUUUUAACAGCACUAUUAUUUGGGAUCCAAAGAGGUGGCACCGGCCAACGAUUGAAUCCAUUAGGCAGCUCGAGACAGUUAGAGAAGAUUUGCAAGCAACUUCUUUCGUAGAGCAAAUCGUGGAGGACGAAAGCCAAAUGGAAUGCAUUUCGACAAACACUUCACGAAUCAUGGUGUGGGAUCAUGCGAUGGGCCCACAUUCAUUUCGCGAUAACUGGUUCACAACUCAUAGUUGGGGCAAUAUUACUCCACUCGAGUGA